AUGAGUCUUGAGCCAAAAGAAGCAGGUUCGUCGAGGGGAGGAAAGCCCAAGUCACAUUUGCGUGGCCACCCCCAAGAUUCCGAAGAUGUCCGCAUAGGCAAGACUCUCUCAUAUAUCCUGCGGCAUGGUGCUGCCAAGGAAGGCCUCAAGAUGCGCUCUGAUGGCUAUGUGAAAGUCGACGAUCUGGUAACACCAAAACUUAACGGAGUUGGCUUUUCCAAGCUAGAGGACCUGGUCAAAAGCAAUGACAAACAAAGAUAUCAAUUGUUGUUUGAACCGAAAACCCCCGUAGAGCCGGGUGAAACCGAGCGCAGUUCCACUGAGGGAACAUGGUGGAUCCGUGCUAACCAGGGACACUCACUGAAGGUCGAGGAGCUUGAGCUUCGUGAGAUCUCAUCGGCAGAUGAAAUUCCCGUCGUUGUACAUGGCACGUCCCGACAGACGUGGCCGGCAAUAGAAAAGUCCGGACUUUCACGAAUGUCACGUAAUCAUAUCCACCUUGCAACUGGAAAGCUGGGCGAUGAAGGCGUCAUCAGCGGGAUGCGAGCAUCUCAUGCCAAGAGCGGUGUGCUGAUCUACAUUGACGUGCCAUUGGCCAUGGCAGAUGGCAUCAAGUUCAACAUUUCUGCCAAUGGUGUUGUGUUGACAGAGGGAAAGAAUGGAAUCUUGGACAAGAAGUACUUCAAACGUGUAGAGACCGCGGAUGGGCAGACGUUACAUGAAUCUACCCACGUUCAUGAUUGAAAGACGGAUUGGC